UGAUGACCUCAGUCAGUUGAGGCCUGACAUACUAGCGCCUGACAUAAGCCAGUAAAUAGUUAUGUUCACACUGCAUGGUUACCUGAGCUUACUCCGUUUAUUGUCACAAUAGUGGCAGAUAUAGACUUCAAUUACGGCUCUGUGCUGAAGCAGCAGAUGUAAUGUGUUCCGUUAAACAAUACUAUUUUGCUGCUUUAUUUUAUUUAAUGAGUUUCCCCGGGAUAAUGACAGCAAAAUCGGUACCCCCGAAUCCAUUUGUUUUUUGAAAGAUAGCGUGAUAAUUGCUGAAUGCCUAAUUCGGACCUUCCGCACUGUGGUCGGUGGGUGGCGCCACAUAUCAUGUAACACAGUCAGCGUGGACGACCCACGUGUACUCAUUUCCUGUCAGGGUGGACCGAUCAACACUCUUUGAAAAGUCUUCCUCGGAGAGUUUCUACGCCAUGGACGAGUUGGCUGCGGACCUCAGAGCGUUUCUCCUCAACCACCCUUUUCUCCAGCUUACAGAUAGCAAAAAGAUAAAAUGCACUCUGAACGGCCACGAGAUGCCGUGCAGCCUGACGGAGCUGCAGAAUUUCACUAAAGGGAAGAAAUAUGUGACACUGAGUGCAGCCGCGGAGUUCAACUACAGCCAGUAUGAACCUCAUGUUGUCCCCAGCAGUAAACAGCCUAAGCAGUUGUUCUGUAAACUGACCCUCCGACACCUCAACCGGCAGCCACAUCAUGUCCUGCGGCAUGUCAACGGGAAACGCUUCAAGAAAGCCCUCUGCAAAUAUGAAGAGUGUGUGAAGCAAGGGAUUGAGUUCGUUCCAGCCGCGCUGAAACAAAAAAGGCCCAAAGGCACCAGAGAAGACCCUCGCGAGAGGCCCUCAAAUCAAGGGAGUAAGUCGUGGGAACCCUCAUCCAGCGACGACGACCAAAGCGACUCCGAAGACAGCAUGAGCGACCUCUACCCUCCGACUAUGUUCACCUUGAAAAACCAGGCUGAAGACGCUACGCAUUGUGUUGAUAAUGAGGCGGAAGAUAACUUCAAGACAGACGAGGAGGAGGAAAUGGAGGUGGAAUCGCAGGGCCUGCAGAAACGGAAGAAGGUACAAGGCGGUGGUUUUCAGAAGAAAUUCAGAAAUAAUAAUUACAAGAAUAAAUCAGGGCGCAAGAAAUCUGGAAAAGUCCCAAAUGGAAAAUAACCGGCAGAACGGCAUUCUUGCAGUUAAUUUGUCAGGAAGCAACUCUGCACUUCUAGCUUGUAGAGUAGUAUUCCUCUCUGAGCCGGCCUGAACUUUUGUGCAGUUGAACACAGAGUAGAUUUUUCAUAUUUUUAGCAUAUGAAAGGUCUGUUUACCAAGGUGUGAUGCUGCAAAGUUCCAAAGAGGCUGAUUCACGUGGCGCAGUGUCCACUGGAUGAGUUGUGUUGUAUGGUUUGUCCAGGUGUGCUGAUGUAAAAUACAACUGUUUGGACUGGAAAA